GGCUCCCUGCCUCUCUCUGGCCGUGGUCACGCCCUGCCCCUCAACCCCCUCCAUCUUGAAGGGGCGGGAGAAUAGGCUGCUUCUCCUCUCCUGGGCCAUCCUCUGAGCGGCAGCUAGGCCGGGGCUGAUAAGAGCUUGCAGCUACCCCCUUCCACACCUGCUGGCCCAACAAAGCCACCGGCACCACCAUGAAGGACGAAGUGGCUCUUCUGGCCACUGUCACCCUCCUGGGAGUCCUGUUGCAAGCCUACUUCUCCCUGCAGGUAAUCUCGGCGCGCAGGGCCUUCCGCGUGUCGCCGCCGCUGACCACCGGCCCACCAGAGUUCGAGCGCAUAUACAGAGCCCAAGUGAACUGCAGCGAGUACUUCCCUCUGUUCCUGGCCACGCUCUGGGUGGCCGGCGUCUUCUUCCACGAAGGUGCAGCAGCGCUGUGCGGCCUAGCUUACUUGUUUGCGCGCCUCCGCUACUUUCAGGGCUACGCACGCUCGUCACAGGAAAGGCUUUCCCCGCUGUACGCAAGUGCACACGCACUCUGGCUGCUGGUGGCGCUGGCGGCGCUCGGUCUGCUAGUCCACUUCCUCCCAGCCUCGCUGCGCUCCGCACUCCUGGACAACAUCGGGACACUGCUGCCCAGCGCCUGAGGCCGAGGACCCGGGGUCUGCAGGGCUGGAAGGGAGCUGGGCCGUCUGGGGAACGGGGGGGGGGGGGGG